AUGCUUUCUACUCUUCUUAUCGGCUUUGCCGCUGGAGCUGCAUAUGCACUCCCCAACCAGGAGCGUGCUGCUACUUAUGGACCGCCUCAACCUCCAUCCUACGGCACUUCUUCAAUGGAGAUGCCUCCGCACCCUACAUCGGCCACAUACGUCCCGCCGGUCACGCAUAUGCCUCCCCCAUCAGCCAAACACUCUGCGGCCUCCUACUCUGCUCCUUCCAGCUCCCAGGAAUGCUCGAGUUCUUCCAAGGUCUACCAGACGAUGCCUACGUACAGCUCUAGCCACACAAUGCCAGUCCAUAGCUCCAGCGAGAUGACGCACGCUAUGAGCACUCCCGUGUAUUCCAAACCACCAACCAGCGAGCACUCCACCAUGAAGCCUACAUACGUUGCGCCAACUACUCAUCAUUCAACUAUGAGCGAACACUCCACUAUGAAGCCAACAUAUGUUGCUCCGUCGUACACUCCACCAGCCAGCGAGCACUCCACCAUGAAGCCAAGCUAUGUUGCACCACCUCCAUAUCAUCCACCAACCAGCGAACACUCCACUAUGAAGCCCACACAUGCUGGGAGCUCUCCACCUCCGUACCAUUCAUCAACCUACCAGGCGCCAUCCCCUUCUGCCUCGUACUCGCCACCAAGUUCUCCUUCUUACCACGCGCCACCGGCUUCGCACUCUCAGCCAUCAUAUGUCAUGCGCUCUGAAUCUAUGAAGGCAACUACAACCCUCACCUCUACUAAGAGGCUUACCACAACGACCAAGGUCACUCAACUGACGUACCAGAAGGCUGUACCCCACCCCGCUCCUUCGGGCAGCCCUGUCAUGCAAAUUGGUGAUGGCCAACUCCAAGUGCCAGCCGGCUCGCCUCCAGCACAAGCGCCACCCGCGCAGGCACCACCCGCGGCAGCUCCGCCUGCCCAAGCUCCUCCUGCCUCCCCUCCAGCUGCAUCUCCACCAGCAGAAGCCCCCGCUGCCCCUCCUGCCUCUCCACCGGCUGCCUCCCCUCCAGCUGAGGCUCCUGCUGCGCCUCCUGCCCAAGCUCCACCUACCUCCCCUCCAGCAGAAGCUCCACCGGCCCAAGCUCCUCCUGCCUCCCCUCCUGCUGCCUCCCCUCCAGCAGAGGCUCCCGCUGCCUCCCCUCCAGCACAGGCUGCGCCUCCCUCUGCUCCUUCAGGCAACACCAUUAUGCAAAUUCCUGAUGGACAACUACAAGUACCAGCUGGUCAGCCAGCAGCCGCACCACCAGCUUCUCCUCAGGCCGCACCACCCGCCGCUCCUCAAGCUGCACCACCCGCCGCCCCUGAAGCUGCACCACCCGCCGCCCCUGAAGCUGCGCCACCCGCUGCYCCUGAAGCCGCACCACCUUCUCCCGAGGCAGCACCACCAGCUGCUCCCGAGGCCGCGCCUCCAGCUGCUCCUGAGGCAGCACCACCAGCUGCUCCUGAGGCAGCACCCGCCGCGCCCAUGGCGCCGGAAAUGCCAGCUGAAGCUCCUCCAGCGAGCGUAACUGACUCUUCACCUGCGCCUCCCGAAUACACGGGUGCUGCGGACCGCACAAAGGUCUCUUCGACCUUUGCUCUCAUCCCAAUCGCCCUUUUCGGCAUAUUCUUCUAG